UCUGACUGUCUUGUUCUUUCGCUCCCGUUUCUCGUUCCCAGUGAACACUUCAUCGAAUUUACCCUUCUCUAUCCAUUGUGCUCUCUGUCUUAGUAAAUGAAACAGUUAAAACAAUGUCUGUUUUUCGGUGAAAAUCGCAGGAAACUGUUCCAUAAGCGUUUUAAUUUACUUCCUCGUUCCUCUUUGAAAGAAAUAAGAGGCACAAUUAAACGAAGCACACGAUAGCCUCCAUAUUGAUACCUUUUUGGAGAGACAGGUGUCAUCCAGGUGAUCAAAGGAGUCGUGACCAGGAGUCAAGGUUCAUCUCUGAAGCUUAGGAUACUACUCUUCACUUUGAAGAAUUUCGAAUCACACAGAGAGUGCAAGAUUUAAACCUUCUUAAGCUUCGUGAAAUUGCGAAGAUUUUGAUAAAGCUGAUCUCUAGUUUCUUCUUCGAAGAGGAGUUUAUACAGGAAGCAUGCAGAUCAGGAGUAAGAGGGCCAUUGUGACGGGAGCUGCCAGUGACUUGGGUCUGAGCAUUGGCAGAGAACUGUUGCGAAAUGGUGCAGCUGUCGUCGCGAUGAUAGAUAUCCGGGAGACAGCUGGCCAAAACGCUGUGGACACUCUGAACGCGGAAUUCGGUCGCAAUCGUGCUGUCUUCUUUCACUGUGAUGUUGCAAAUAAUUCUCUAUUUGAUGAUACGUUCAAGAAAGCCGUGAAGACACUCGGUGGUCUGGAGAUCCUAGUGAACAACGCUGGCAUAAUCGAUGAGAAUAAUUUCACGAAGACUAUUGACGUAAACGUGACCUCGGUGAUACGCGGAACGCUUCUAGGAAUCCAACAAAUGCAAAAGGACUCCGGUGGCAAAGGGGGUGUUAUCGUGAACGUAUCGUCUGUAGCUGGCCUCUACUCCUUAUCUCAGCUUCCAGUGUACUCCGCCACGAAGCAUGCUGUGGUUAGCUUCAGUCGAUCCUUUGCGCAACCUUACCAUUACGAGAGGACUGGAGUGAGGAUAAUCGUCAUGUGUCCGGAAAUUUCUGAAAAUUUCAAAAAUAUGGACGAUAAGUUAUAUAUGAUAGACAAAUACAUUAGAAGAAUCGACAGCAUGGCGCACGGUUUAAUUUACGUCAUCAGAUGCGCGCAGAACGGAAGCAUCUGGAUCAGCGAGGACGGGAACCCUGUGUACGAGAUACAAUUGUUCGACAGUCUGCCACAAAAGUUCGAUGACUCCGUACUAGACGAUGCUGAACGUAAAGUGGAAAUAAAUUAAAUUUCUACGAACAGAGUUUUGUAAAUA